GCCCAGAAUGCUAAUUGGGAGAAGGAAGUGGAGCAGAUGAGGAAACAAGUAGAAAGGAUAAAGGAAAACAUCGUGGAGGCUAAGGAGAAUCUAAAUGGUUACGAAGAGUUUAGAAAGGAAGCAGUGAAUGAGACUAAAAAAUAUGCAGAUGAAGAUGAAGUUAUUUGCAAGCAUGAAGACGAACUUGUGAGUGAAGAAAGGAAGAUAUCCGAAGAGAGGAAUAGGCUGCGCGAACGCGAAAGGCUGAUAGGGCAAGCAAUGGAAGGACGACUGCGAGUUCUAGAGAACUUGCGCAGUAACAUGGCUGAUGAAGCAUGGCGGUGGGACCUACCCAUGUUCAUAUUUGGUAGCAAAUCAGACGAAGCUAUAUUGACUGAUCCAAGACACAAAUGGAAACUGAACUCUACUGUGAUCCCUCCCGAGCAGGUUAAUGCAGCUCUAUUCACAACGACUUUGAGCGAGAACAUGAAGAGAUUUGGUUUUACGCGUUUCGCUGCAGACCUAUUCACGGCUCCGGAUGUCGUAAAGCAGUAUCUCUGUAAUGUCUCUCGGCUUCAUCAAGUUCCUAUCGGUUCUGCGAAAACUAAUGACGCUUACGAAGAGAUCAAAACAGCGUUUAGCAACACACAGUUCCGACUCUACCUCACAGACAAGCACAGGGUACAAUUCACCGUAUCCAAGUAUUCCCAUGAAGUUCUUGGUCAGCAAAGUGAACUCAGGAAGCCCGCAAAGAUUUUCGUGGCUCACUCUUCUAAUUUUGAUGAAACCAAAACCCUCGAGAAGGAUAAACAGGAACUUAAGAAGAAGGUAUUACUUACAUGUAUUCACUGA